AUGAUUGUGGUAUGGCUUAUACUUUUAGCAUGCAAUAAUGGAGGGUCCUGCGUUUACGAGAAAUGGAGGAAUACCACUCAUUGGAACCUUAUUUGUAUGGAGUGGAUGGAAUUGAAAAGUGGCGAGGAAGACAGCUGUCCUAAGCCAUGGAAAUGCUGCCACACCACGCAGUACGAAAAAAUGAUUCCAUAUUCAAAAGGCUAACCGUGAAGCCCUAAAUGUAAUCUCAGAAUUGUGACAACAUCUAAGGAACUGGUUUUUUAUUUGAUGACCCAUUAAAAUAAAUAUAGUCAAAACAAAA